AUGCCUGGCGCGUCAAGUUUCCUGAUGCUCCUGACCCCUGGUAUAGCCCCUGCAGCACUAGGUGCUUGUGAGUUUGCUCCCCCUGGUACUGCGCCUGCACAGGCCUUGCACACCUUUACACUUGACUCUGGUGCUUCGCGCUGUUUCUUUCGCGACAGCACCACAGUCACUCCCCUCCCUGCACCUGUUCCUGUCUCACUGGCUGACCCCUCUGGGGGCCCGGUGCUUGCACGGUCUUCCACUGUGUUUCCGUGUCCGGCGGUCCCGUCUGGUGAGCUUUCUGGUCUCCACCUCCCCUCGUUCUCUACGAACUUGGUGAGCAACGCUGUCCUCCACGAUGCGGGUGUUUACACAUUCACCCCUGGCCGGCAGCGUGUGGCGAUCUGCACGUGCUCCCAGACCGGCUGCCACCUGGCCACGUUCACCCGUGCGCCAUGGUCCAGUCUGUACACCCUCACCACUGCGUCGCGCUCCACCCCUUUGUCUCCCCAGCUGCACGCGUCUGCUCAGGUAGCUACUCAGUGUGAGUGUCGCCGGCUGUCUCACGACACUCUCCUGUGGCACCACCGCCUUGGUCACCCCUCCCUGCCUCGCCUUCGUAGCAUGCACUCUCGCUUUCUGGUCUCUGGUCUUCCCAGGUCUCUGCCUGCCCUCCCUCCCUUGCCUGCGCCGCCCUGCAUUCCUUGCGUCGACGGGCGGCAGCGCGCCGCUCCUCACUCCUCCUCGUUCCCUCCCAUAGAGGCUCCACUGCAGACUCUCCACCUGGACGUGUGGGGCCCAGCCCGCGUCCGUGGACAGGGCCACGAGCGGUACUUCCUGCUGGUUGUCGACGACUACACGCGCUACACCACGUCGGACUUUCCUGCCCUGCAUCUGCACUCUGACAGAGGUGGUGAGUUCUCCUCAGACCUCUUGGCAGCCUUCUGUGCGGAGCACGGCAUCCGCCAGACUUUCACGCUUCCGGCCUCUCCGCAGCAAAAUGGGGUUGCUGAGCGCCGCAUUGGCUUAGUCAUGGAGGUCGCUCGUACCUCCAUGAUCCAAGCGGCUGCCCCCCAUUUUCUGUGGCCGUUUGCGGUCCGGUACGCCGCGCAUCAGCUCAACCUUUGGCCCCGUGUCUUCUUGCCGGAGACCUCGCCUACGCUGCUGUGGACGGGGAAGGUUGGCGAUGCGUCGCGCUUCCGGGUCUGGGGUGCUUGUGCCUUUGUCCGCGAUACCACCGAGGACAAGCUCUCCCCUCGCGCCAUUCCUUGCGUCUUCCUUGGCUUUGUCCCUGACGCGCCUGGCUGGCAGUUUUACGACCCCGCCUCGCGCCGUGUCUUUGCAUCCCACGACGUCACCUUUGACGAGUCGGUCCCCUUUUACCGCCUCCUCCCCUACCGCACUGCUCCUCGCCCUCUCCCGCCGCUCUUUCUCGCCCCAGGUCCUCCCCAGGUAUACCCCCUCCCCGCGCCAGGUCCUGCUCCUUCAGGUGUUUCUCAGGUAGACCCUCCCCUCCCUGCGCCUGUUGAGGUCACUGGUGACUCCGGUCCUGCUGGCGGUGGUGCUGUCCCUGAGGGUGCGGAGCUUGGGGCCUGCGCGUGA